UACGAAGACAAUUUUCGAAAUUUUCGUUUAUUCCUUUCUUGUGAUUGCAAAGAGUGAACGUGUGCAGCUUUUCUCCGCGGUGGAAAUUGCAUUAAACGGAAUAAAUAAAUUAUUUUAAAGCUACUAGCAGAUCUAUAUACAAAUUUAUAUAAAGAUAUUAUUAAGAAUAUAUAAACGUAAAUAAUGCCGCGUUAUCGUGAGUGGGACUUGGCUUGCAAAGUAUAUGUAGGAAAUUUGGGAUCAUCCGCCUCUAAAUAUGAAAUAGAAAACGCUUUCAGCAAAUAUGGUCCCUUGAGAAACGUAUGGGUCGCAAGAAAUCCACCUGGUUUUGCAUUUGUAGAAUUUGAAGAUCGCCGCGACGCAGAAGAUGCAACUCGGGGAUUGGAUGGAACGCGCUGCUGUGGUACUCGCAUACGCGUAGAAAUGUCGUCGGGUCGAUCACGAAGAGAUGAUAGACGACGAGGAGGCGGUAGUGCUGGUGGUGGUGGCAGCAGCAGCGGUGGCCGAGGGGGAGGUCGCUAUAGGAUAAAGUCUACUGCUACUACUACUUCUAGAACUUCUACCUCCUCUUCCUUCAACAAAAACUACAAAAACAACAUCUUCACGUAUCACAACUACUGCUCCUUCUCCACAAACUUCACCACGACAAGCAACAAGCUCAACUUAAUAUCGUUCAACGACAACAUUUUUGAUAAUAGUGAAAAAAAUGUCAACCAACAAUUUUUUAAGAAACAAUAUCUACAAAAUUUCGACAACAACAAUUUUAGUUAUAGCAAACAUCAUUUUCAACAUCACCAAAAACAACUACAAGAAAAGCCACAACACAGUACUUUCAUCAAUAAAUUAAUGAUCAUAGUUUUUGUUAUCAACACGAACACCUUGAACACCACCAACACCAACGUUACAACAGUCUUGCACAUAAAAUUUGAUCUCGUUUUCGCUGUAGUCAUUGUCAUCAAUACCUAUCUAACAAUUGUUGUUGUCGCAAUAGAAAACUGUAACAGUUGUCCUGAUGUUAAGUGCAGUAAAAGAUCAACAAUCAUUAGAACAGCAACUACUAGUAAAAUAACUACUACCGCUACUACUACUACUACCUCAGCUGCAACUGCUUCUACAGUCACUACAACUAUUGCUACUACAAGAAUUAGUGCAACUAGUAAAAGUGUGCUUGGGCAGCAGGCGCAGGAUCAGCAUCAACGGCAAAUUCCUAAGCAUUUACUACAGCCAUCAUCAUUAAUACCACCACUACUACCACCACAACCACCUUAACAACUUGAUAUACUACUACCACUUCCUUCUCCUUUGUAUAAGCAACUGACUGUGAAAAGUGUCCACAACACUACAAUCUUCAGCACAACAAAUACCAUCACCAACAACAAAAAUCACAA